AAAAAAAAAGUGAAAAUAUGCAGAGGAGAACUUCACUCAUAUUCCUUGGAAGCUUACUUAUCAUGUUUACCUCAGUUGUGAAUCAAAGUAGAGCAGACACAUGCACCGAGAUUCUAGGUACCUGCGAAAACUGUGAUCAGAAAUGCCUAGACAAAUACGGGCCGUCGGUCCGAACCCAAUGUGACGGUGUUGCUGGUCAGCCGUUGCUAUGCACGUGCAUCUUCCAUUGUGGACCACCUUUACCGCCCAAGGUGUGCACUGGUGGGGCUGGUCUGUGCAGUGGUAAUUGUUCUGAUAAAUGUUGUGAUGGGAAUUGUGCAGCAAAGUAUAAUGCUGGACAUGGAUCUUGUCUCAUGCUUGGUAAUUUUAAUUUGUGCCAAUGCGAGUACACUUGCUAGAGUCGGUUGAUAAAAUUGUAAACCAAUAGGUUUUCUUUUUGUAUUGUAACUAUCA